ACGUUUAUUUAACCGCCAAACGAACACGAAAACAUUAAACUUUUUUUUUUUUUUUUUUUUGCGAAGAAAUACCUCGCGAAAGGAAAAGACCAUAAACCCUAGCGCUUGGCCGAGCCCUAACGGAACUGUUUCUCCGAUCUCGAAAGAGCUGCACAAAUGGUCACGCCGUUGGUAGGAGGAAUUGCUGUAGCUGCUGCUGCAUAUGCUGGUAGGUAUAGCAUUCAGGCUUGGCAAGCGUUCAAAGCAAGACCACCGACAGCUAGACUGCGGAAAUUCUAUGAGGGUGGUUUUCAAUCUACCAUGACCAAAAGGGAAGCUGCUCUCAUACUUGGAGUGAGGGAGACUACUCCUAAUGACAAAAUCCGGGAAGCACAUCGGAGGGUGAUGGUUGCUAACCAUCCGGAUGCAGGGGGUAGUCAUUACCUUGCAUCCAAAAUUAACGAAGCUAAAGAAAUGAUGCUUGGAAGAACCAAGGGCACCGGCUCUGCAUUUUAAUUGUAUUAACUUGUCCUUUCCGUUGCAUCAAUGCCAUUCUUGCGAAGGUUUCACAUAGUGAGUUUUAGGAGUGUUAUCUUUGUUUCGGAUCAAUAAUUUUCGGCGUAUAUGAACGAUUUUGUAGCAGUGAAAUUAUAAUUUGAGGAUCCUGUAGUUGGUUCUAAUUGGAACUCUUGUACGUUUAAUUUCGUGUGAAAAUUCUGUAGUAGUGAAGUCAUAUUUCUGGGA